ACAAGAAACUUGCAGAAAAUGAUCAACAACUGUUGAUUAAUUUUUACGGCCAAGUUAGGGACGCUCUAAACGUCCCUGCUAAUGUUGAGAUAUUUGUUUUGGGAGAUUUUAAUUCAAAGUUGGGAAAAAUGACUGCUUCAGAUAAGGACUUUGGUUUUGGUCGUUUCAUGGGUAAACAUGGUAUGGGUUUGCGCAACGAUAUGGGAGAAAACUUGUUAGACUUGUUAUCAGAAUUUGACCUCUUUGCCUCCAACACUGGUUUUUAUCAUCCUGCUCGACAUACGACCACCUACACUGGCUGGAGGAAGGACUGGAGUGCCGGGCGAAAUAGUAAAAAGACGAUCCCGGUCUAUUCUCAGAUCGAUUUCAUCCUGUGUCGAAGUAGGUCGAAGCCAAUGCUACAAGAUUCUAGAUCUUAUGCAGGCACCUUGACAUACUCUGAUCACAGAUUUGUUGUCACUAGAGUAGAUUUUAAGGACAUCUGUCUUUGCUAUAAACGCAACUCCAAGUCAUCCUUAAAGUUCAACACCUCUGAACUCACCUCGAACCCCACCAUUCAGGUGAAAUAUCGUCAAUCCUUAGAUGAUAACUUAAGUAACACUGUUUCUGCUCUGGAUCCAAAUUCAGACUUGAAUGGCUUACUUGAGUCCAUAAAGGAUGCUGCAAAAUCGUCAAUUGGUGUCAUCAGACACAGGAAACGUAAUCGCAGCGACGAUGAUGAGGUGAAAAACUUAUCUAGCCAGCGUUACUUGUUGAGACAGCAGCUUAAUGAUAACCAGUCUUUAGACAGAACCUCACUUAGAUCAUCUAUUAACUGCCUCACCAAUCAGAUCAAGCAGAGACUUUCUAACAUACGAUCAGCUGCUGCUGAUGCUAUCUGUAAUACCAUCAGUUCAACAACAGAUAGUAAGAAAAUGUUUGAAGCUGUUCGAACCCUGAACUUACCUAAAAGUAAAGCCCCUUCUAGUAUUGGUGUUCAUGAUGAGCAAGGGUGCAAUAUUGCAACAGACACUGGUAAAGCUGCCGUAGUUGCUAAGUACCUUGAGCAACAACUUACUCGUGAUGAAGCACCUUUAGAACCUUUUGUAGGACCUCCUCGCCCACUAGUUAAGCCAUUCACUAGUGAAGAAAUCGGAUCAGCUGCUAGAAGUCUCAAAAAUGGUCGAGCUAACGGCCCAGAUGGGAUUCCUAAUGAGCUUCUCAAGUAUUCUACUGGAUCAGUACACAGACGUUUUGCAGACAUUAUCAAUAGAAGCUUCGAGACCAAUUCCUACCUUGACCCCAUUGGACAGGCAAACAUUACCCCCUUACAGAAGCCAAAUAAGCCCAUUGGUCCAGUGAAGAAUCUACGACCCCUCACUCUCUCAAAUGCUGUUAGAAAGAUUCUUUCAAUGGCAACCUUGAAGAGAAUUGAGAAUAAAGUCAAUGCCUUCACUGGUCCAUGGCAAUGUGCUUACAAGCAGGGUAGAUCAUGUGCUGACAUUGUAUGGUGCCAGCGUGUGAUGUUAUCAGUUGUCCAGAGGAAGAGGUGGGAAUACCAUCGUAUGGGGAUCGACAUGUCUAGUGCCUUUGACACUAUACGACGAUCUACCAUCCUCGAUCUUCUUGUUGAGUGUGGCUGUGAUGAUGACGAAGUCCGUUUGGUAAGACUUUUGCUUUCCAACACCAAGCUCAAAGUCAACAUCAACGGUACACUGUCUGCUGAAUUCCAGAGUUUUCUCGGUGCAUUCCAAGGUGACUGUCUGUCUGGAUGCUUGUUCACACUUGUCUUAGCGGGUGCCUUGCGUGACCUCCGUAACAGGCUUGAAACUGCAACGAAUAGGCCUAACCCACCUAUCACCGAUAUUGGUCUUCCACUUGACAGUGAGUAUGCUGAUGAUAUCGACUUCAAUGAUGAAGAUGAAGACAAUUUGAGGGAGCUGUUGCCUAUUGCAACAGAAGUCCUUAAAGAUUGGAAUCUCUUCGUUAACGAAGACAAAACUGAUUUCACUCAUGUGUACUUAGCUGAAAAGGGAGCUAAAGACGAUCAGGGUAAGCCAAUUGCAGGGAACGAGCUCUGGAGAAAGAGUAUCACGCUUGGCUCCAUGCUUUGUAGUAAGGAGGACAUCUCUAGAAGGAUAUGUCUGGGAUAUGCCGCGUUUAACAAAUACAAGAAAGCUUGGAACCAUAAGAUCCCUCUGAGCAAGAGGCUUCUGUUGUAUGAGGCUCUGGUAGUAUCCGUUUUAAUGUACAAUUCAUCUUGCUGGGCUGCCCCUAAAUCAGUAUUGGAAAAACUAGAUAUUGCUCACAGACGUCAUCUGCGAUCAAUUUUGAAUUACAAAUACCCUCACAUCAUCUCCAACAAGAACUUGUAUAAACGCUGCAAUAGUGAACCAUUGUCAGCUAAAGUGGCUCGUAGUCGGUGGAGGAUGCUCGGACAUGUACUGCGUGGGCCUACAGAUGGCCCAGCCUAUUCGUCGCUUGUUUUUGCUGUCAACACCUUACAGCUUCAAGGGCGGCGUGGAAGACCGCAGUCAAACCUUUUCUCACUGAUUCUACACGACCUUAGUGUCCGAAAAUUAUCGUUAAAUAAUUUAUGUGAUUUGGACUAUUUAACGUUAAUUGCUCAGAAUAGAGUUAAAUGGAGAAGUAUGCAAAUUGCAUGACUUUUGUUUGAGAAAGAUUAGGGGACAGAAAUGUUUACUUUGUUUACUAUCUGUUUCUUAGAGCUUUUGUUUAUAGAUCUAAAAAUAAUAAGAAGGUAGUUGAACAUCAUUAUUCCUUAUUCUCAAUUAAUAUUUUGGUGUUCAACCAAGAGACAGUUCGACACGGUUGAUGACAUUCCAUGGAGGUGUCUAAUCAGAAGACCACAGAAGAACACCUGAUAGCAGAUCGGCCAAUAAUAGUCUCAGACAAUGGUCUAUGGAUCGUAAGAAUGGAUAAUGAGCGGCAGAGUUUAACAAUAAUAAGCAGCAGACUCAGGACUCUGUGAGAUUCGGAGACGAUAUAUGGGGAUGACGAUCGUAGGAUAGAGCAAUCUUAGGCCAGGACAGUCGAUAGGGUUGUUCCAGUACUCAGGGGCCAGUUGACCAGUUUCGACCAGCAACGCUAUGUUUUGAUAAGCUUGCUAGUCGUAGUAAUCCAGUAAGUUCUUUUUCUUAAUUUGAUGUGAGCGUUUAAUUUAGCUGUAUUGUUUCUAAAUUAAAAGUUCAGACGUGCAUUUAUAAUAAUAUUGUUUCCAAUUGUCAAUUCCAGUUUCCUCCAUUCAUCUUAAUCAACGCAGCUAGUAAUACGUAAUUUCUAUCCAGGUUCAACCAGACACGAAUACAUGUUGCAGUUUUGUUGAUAAGAUUCCUCCUAAACUAGAUGACCAUUCCUAAGACCAUCAUGCGUGUUAGUUAGGUUACAACAACACAUAGAAGAAAGGAAACAGAGAGAAGAAUACGGCAGUCAUCUAUGGACUCUUUCAAAAGACUAACAGAACGCA